AUGGAAGAGUGCUCAUUUGUACGAGUCAUAGAUAACUUGGUACAUGCAGAAGUGGCUCAAUUGAGUAAAGUGACUCAUGAUAUUGAGGAAAUUGAAGAAUGGAAAAUAAAGGAAGAUGUGAGAUGGUUCAAAAAGGAGUUGGACUUGAAGGAUAGGGUAACUGCAUCAACAUUACCCUCUAUUGAAAAAGCACCGUAUUUGGAGCUGAAGCAGCUUCCAACACACUUGAAAUAUGCAUAUUUGAGAGAUGAUGAUACAUUGCCUGUAAUUAUCUCAUCUCAGUUGUCUAGUAUGCAGGAAAAAGAAUUGAUUGAUGUUCUCAAGGAAAAUGAGAAAGCGAUUGGAUGGACGUUGGCUGAUAUAAAAGGAAUCAGUCCAGCGAUGUGUAUGCAUAAGAUAAAUUUGGAGGAGGGAGCGAAAACAUCUGUUGAGCACCAAAGGAGACUAAAUCCGUUGAUGAAGGAUGUUGUGAAAAAGAAAAUCAUCAAAUGGUUAGAUGUUGGGAUUAUCUACCCGAUUGCCGACAAUGAGUGGAUUAGUCCAGUGCAUUGUGUUCCCAAGAAGGGUGGAGCAACAGUAGUCGAAAAUGAGAAAGGGGAAAUGAUCACAAAGAGGACAGUGACAGGUUGGAGGAUCUGUAUAGAUUAUAGAAAGUUGAAUACCGCCAUUAGGAAAGAUCAUUUCCCAUUACCGUUCAUUGAUCAAAUGUUGGAUCGUCUUGCUGUGUUGCAAAAGUGUGUCCAACAUAAUCUUGUGCUAAAUUGGGAAAAAUGCAAUUUUAUGGUAAAAGAGGGUAUUGUGUUGGGACACAAGGUUUCUGAAAAAGGAAUAGAAGUUGAUGGGGAUCGAGAGUUUAUCUUUGACAGUUCAUGCAAAAGAGCAUUUGAGGAGUUAAAGAUAAGACUUACUAGUGCACCUAUCAUUGUUGCACCUAAUUGGGAUGAGCCAUUUGAGAUCAUGUGUGAUGCAAGUGAUACAACCAUUGGUGCAGUACUUGGGCAACGAAGAGGAAAGUUUUUCCACACGAUUUACUAUGCUAGCACCACCCUGAAUGGUGCCCAAUUGAAUUACACAACCACUGAAAAAGAGUUUUUAGCUGUGGUAUUCUCACUUGAAAAGUUUAGAUCGUAUCUUAUUGGUGCAAAAGUGAUUGUAUACACGGGUCAUGCGGCAAUCAGAUACUUGAUGGCAAAAAAAGAUGCCAAGGCAAGACUGAUCAGGUGGAUUUUGUUGUUGCAAGAGUUUGAUCUAGAGGUGCGGGAGAAGAAAGGAGUUGAGAAUGUGGUUGCAGAUCACCUCUCAAGGUUAGAAAGUGAAAGUAUAAAAUAUGAUCAACCAGUGAUUCAAGAUAGCUUUCCAGAUGAGAGGAUUUUGAGAGUGAGUGGAGAACACCCAUGGUAUGCUAACAUUGUGAAUUACCUGGUAGGUGGUGUAUUUCCUGAUGGGUUUAGUUGGCAUCAAAAGAAGAAGCUAAUGUCUGAUGCUAAAUUCUAUUUUUGGGAUGAGCCGUAUUUGUUUAGACGAAAUGCUGAUAAGAUGUGGAGGAGGUGUAUCCCAGAAAUGGAACAAAAGCAAAUUCUAGAAAAAUGUCACAACUCAGAAUAUGGAGGUCACUUUCAAGGUGAAAAGACUGCAAUACGUGUCCUUCAUUAA